GGCAAGCUGCUGCUGCCGCUGCCCAAGGUAGCCUCCAGAGUAGCAGCAGCUGCUGCCGAGGAGGGAGGAGAGACCAGCUGCUGCUGCUUCUUCUUCCGCCGGCGCCAACGCCGCCAGCUGAGCGAGCCGGCCGGUCUCGGCGUCGCCGCCGCUCCUUGCGCGCUCCUGAGGCUCCUCAGCCUCCCAACUCUCGGCGAGGAAGCCCGGCCGGUUCCUUUCCCGUUCCCUCUCCUUCUCUCGCCGCCUCGCCAUCGCCUCACUCGCCGGGACAAAGCCAUGAAGCCGGCGCUGUUGGAAGUGAUGAGGAUGAACCGCGUUUGCCGGAUGGUGCUGGUCACUUGCUUGGGCUCCUUCGCGCUCGUCAUCUUCUAUUUCCAAAGUAUGUUGCACCCAGAAAGAAAAUUGAAGCAUCUUACAACAAUCAAACAGACAUUAAUACGUAGGAAUCCAUUUGGAAUGGACAUCUGCUGCCGGAAGGGGUCGAGGAGCCCACUGCAAGAACUGUACAAUCCAACCCAGUUGGAAUUAUCCAGCACGGCAAUCCUUCAUCAGAUCCGGAGGGAUCAAGUCACGGAUACAUGCCGAGCCAACAGCAUGUCUAGCAGAAAACGUCGUGUGCUAACACCCAACGACCUCAAGCAUUUGGUGGUUGAUGAGGAUCAUGAGUUGAUCUACUGCUACGUACCCAAAGUGGCCUGCACCAAUUGGAAGAGGGUCAUGAUGGUUUUGAACGGGAGGGGCAAGUACAGCGACCCAAUGGAGAUACCAGCUAACGAAGCCCAUGUCUCGUCAAACUUGAAGACGCUCAACCAAUACAGCAUCCCAGAGAUCAACCACCGCUUGAAAAACUACAUGAAGUUCCUGUUUGUCCGCGAGCCUUUCGAGAGACUGGUGUCAGCCUACAGAAACAAAUUCACCCAGAAGUACAACACCUCCUUUCAUAAGAGAUAUGGAACCAAAAUUGUUAAGCGCCAAAGGAAAAAUGCAACCCAGGAAGCCCUACAUAAAGGCGAUGAUGUGAAAUUUGAGGAGUUUGUGGCUUAUCUCAUAGACCCUCACACCCAAAGAGAGGAGCCAUUCAAUGAACAUUGGCAGACUGUAUACUCUCUCUGCCAUCCCUGCCACAUCCAUUAUGAUCUCAUAGGGAAAUACGAGACACUCGAAGAGGAUUCCAACUACAUUCUUCAACUUGCAGGAGUAGGAAACUAUCUCAAGUUCCCCACCUAUGCAAAGUCUACAAGAACUACUGACGAAAUGACUACAGAGUUCUUCCAGAACAUCAGUUCGGAGCACCAAACACAGCUGUAUGAAGUCUACAAACUUGAUUUUUUAAUGUUCAAUUACUCAAUGCCAAGCUACCUGAAAUUGGAAUGAGGUGGAGAGCCAGAGAAAAGGGAGAAAAAGCGGGGGAAAGAAUAUGAAACCUGUUAUAUUUAAGAUUUUUAUUUGUCACAAUUACAUAUGAAGAAUGGGUUAUUUUGUAAGUUAAUAUUUUCUUCUUUUUUUGAAUGAUGCUGCGAGCAGCAUAGUUGGAAAUCUAUUAUUUAAAUUGUCGGUAAGAAGGGACAGCUCUGUUUGCAGGAUUAGAAAACUGCGGCGGCUGUAGCUCUAGAUGUAACUAGUAACUGCGACACUGUUUGGUGCGGGGCGCGUGGGGGGUAUUAUUUGUGUCCUGAUGAAUUCUUUUCCUUUUGCAUUCUUCAUAAAUCUCAGCCUUCUAUGUUAUUUAUGCUUAUUUAAGAACACAAUAGAUUCCUUGUUAGGAGCCAAGAUGCAACACUGUGUGGACAAAGAAAAUGUUUCCUGUGUAUUCCUUGCAGGAGUUUGUGUCUCUGUCCCUAAUGUCAUUACUGAAUGUUCCACUAGUGAAGAAUGUGUGCAAAUAAUUGGAAACAUUGAAACAGGAAUGGGUUUAAGGGGCUCAGGGGGACCCUCCCUUGAAAUAUAUACGGCAAAACCUUGUGGUUCUCUGAUCUGUAAGACACACUUUUCUGCCGACGAUCACACACAGAUGAAGGCCCAACGUUUGUCCACAGGGACGCAAGGUCGGUGAGGCUUUCACCUUUGAGAAUGUAUUAAAACAUCACACAUGUGCACUUCCAAAAUGACGGGCAUGGGGAAGGAGGAGAAGUGGACUGCCUCACUCAGUCUCUCCACCCUUAAAUAUUAAGCCAGACACUUCAGAGCAUUACAACCACCUCCCAACCUCCCAUUAAAGGAAACUGCAACGAAAUGAGUGAUGCACACAAUGAGUCUGAUGGGGAAACCAAGUCCUUUGGAGAUGGUAUGGCAGAUGGUAUGGCAACCACAACGUCGAAUUUGACCCCCACAGUGCUCAGAUUUUGUUCUUUCUGCAGGGACCCCCUUGCAUGUACAAUACUCCUUGCGACACCAUUCUCCUUUCUCAUUUCUCUGUAUCUUUUGCCCAGUGUCCUCCCUGGCUUCCUGCAAAGUUGGCACCUGUGCUCAACCCAACCGUCAGAGAAGGCACCAGCAAAAUGAUUGGGAAGGGGUGUGAAUAUGCUGCAUACUCCCUACCCCUAAUGCCAUGUUCCAUCCAUGACAUGUGCUCCAAAACAAAGAACAUCCUGCAACUGAAGACAUGAUCGUUGGUUUCUUCCCAUAAGGCAGAGACAAGGGUAGAUGUUGGGUGAGUCCAGCUCCCAUCAGCCCCUGCCAGAAUGGCCAAUGGUCAGGGGUAAUGGGAGUUGCAGUAGAACAACACCUAGAGGUUUCUUAUUCCUACCGUAUCCUAAUGAGUGAACCAGCACCAUGUUCUGAACUAUUGCAACAUUUCUAGGUUCCCAUUGCAAAUAUGAAAUGACAGCAGGGACUCUCAUUUAAGGUGGAUUCCUGUGCUCUAAAAUACCUGCACAAAACUGAAUGCCCUACAAAGGAGCAAUUUUAUCAGAAUACCAUAUAUGAUGCCGUGUGUUAUAGCAUCAGCCUCGAAAGGGACAGCUAGAGUCGAUUAAAUAUAUAUGUACAUGCAUAAUAUUUAAAGUCUGUGACUGAAAGAAAUGUGAAUGUAUCUUGUAGAGAGCAAAAUUUUCAAAUCUCUACUUUGCCAGACAUGAUGUUUAUAUCAUUUUUUCUUCAUACUUGGCAUUUCCUUGUUUGGCAUCAAGAUAGAUGAGAGAUGAUCCGUCUGCAUUCCAUGAUAAAUACAAUCGGUAGUAAUAUUAUUUAAGGCUGCAGUGGCUAGUCGGCUGAAUGGUUAGAUGGACCAAACGAUUUUAAAUUGGUUAAUUGAAAAUAUGUCCCCAAUUAAUUGGGCUGCAGCUUUUAAAAAACAAUGUAGAUUUUUUAUAAAAGUAUUUACACAGACCGUAGGUAGCAAGCACCGUCUUAGAAGAAGCAUUUCUACAAUCUCAUAUCGAAACCUUCUAAGGUCGAGCCUCUAUGGUGGGUGCUAAAGCAAUUAAAGAAUGUGUUUUUUCUGUUUUUUCCUUGAGAACUAUUUGAGAAUUUUUAUUGAGAACAGAUCAGAAAAACAAUGAAUUAAUGUGUUUUUCAAAUCCAAUGAUUUAUGAAGAUUAACUUACCAUAAUUGGCUAAUAUUAUUGUAACACGUAGCCCAACAUGUUGAAAAUGAUUAGUGGAUUUUGAGUUUCCAGCUCAGGAAAAAAUAAAGAGUAGAAUCAUAAAAUUGUAGAGUUGGACACCGAGGGUCAUUUAGUCAAACCCCUAAAUAGCCCUAGUUAAAGAACAGCAUUUCAAGUGCUCAGAGCUCUUCACAUCUGUUAUCCCAGUCAGUGCCAUGCGGUGAAAUUUUUCUUAGGGGAGCAGUGUGGGCCAGAGGUACCUGCUUGCAAGGGCGAUUGGGGAGGGCGGUUGACAUGCACACAAGCAUCGUGCCCCCCACCCACCCUUGGGAAGAUCUAAUGUGUCAGGAACAUUGAGGGGACUAGCCUAGUCCCCUGACCACACACCACUGAUCUCAGUAAUUGUACAGCACUGAAAGAGACUGGUACUUCAAGCAGUAGCGGAGCUUCAUGCUCUGGCACCGGGAGCGGAGAGCAGGCUGGGGCAUGGCAUGCAUGCGUCCUGGGGACGUGACAUGCCGUCUGCAGGAGCGUGGUGCCCAGUGGGCCAACUUGUGGCAAACUUGGUAAGCAGAACCUGAUCCAAAGACCUAUUUUGUAGUGGCUGAGGGGUGUAGCACAUGCUGGCACUUUGACUUAGCACCACGUCACUAAGGAGGAUACCAGAUACCACAUUAUUUGAGCGGUGCAGCCCAUCAUAUACAGAGUCUGGAUGAAAGGGAUGAGGGGGCCUAAAGGCGAAGUAAAUCAUAAUCAGGAAAUUCCAAUGCCCUCAAGCAAAUGUUCAAGUAUCAUUGGAGAAAGACAUUGUUCUGGUGAUGCUGCUGCCACAGGGAAUGUUUCCAAAGGCGUGAUAUGAAACGGCAGCUUCAUAAGUCACAGGAGGCAGCUCCAUUUCAUUUGGUGAAGCUGGUUCACAGGUGCUGACUGGCACCUCGACUGAGCCGCAGCAAAGAACCUUGAGAAGAGAGCGAGAGAGCCCCUUUCAGUGCUGCACCCUGUCUUUGUCAGCUGACUUUGGCCCACUUCAGAUUUUGGCACCCUCUGUUCCUCAACGUAUUGCUUGACAGUGUCUGUGAGAGGACUGAGACCAGUAAACUCCUUGCAAACUCAGGUUGUGUACAGACUAUUCCAUUAAAGCACUUUCAAAACACAUUCUUUCCCUCAAAUAACUCUGGGGACUGUAGUUUACCCCUCGCAGAGUUACAAUUCCCAGCAUCCCUUAAUGAACUACAGUGCCCAGAAUGCUUUGCGGGAGAGAACGUGCUUUAAAUGCAUAGUAUGUGCAGAGGCACAAUCAGCAGAAUGAGGCAGCAGAGUCCUGGUGUUGAGAGUAAGUUGUGCCAUGCCUGUGCCAGGCUGCAGGGAGCUGGGGAUUGGGGAGUGCUCCAUUGUGUAAGCAGACAAACAAACCCACUCUUCUUUUCUGAAUUAUGCAGAAAACUUUACACAGCCGGGGCAGAGAUUCACCAGUCCUUUUUCCUGAUGUUUUAUAGUUGCAGGCAAUAGGAAUGGACAAAUCCAUCAAUUUUCAUUUCCCAUUUUUCCUGUCUUAAAUUUGGUUCAUCCUAUUUUGGCAUAUGUUUGUGAAUUGUUGAAUGAAAAAACCUGCAUGAAAAUUCACAAAGUAUUCAAAUGCAUUCUUCCUGAUAUAUAUAUAUAUAUUUAAUGCAGUUUUGCUAGUACAGUAUGUGCAUUUUUUUUGUAAGUGGUUUUCCCCAGAUGGAACACAUUUUUGUAUGUUAUUUUCACUCAUAUGCAUAUUUUUGCAUGGACUUUCCACAGUUUAGUGUCUUUUUCAUAUGCAUUCUUUUGGAUGGAGAACUGCCUCAAAAAUUGGAGAAGUGUGAAUUUCAAAGGAGAACUUUGGUUUGCUUUGUGUGUCAUUUUGGAAGGUGCAGAUUUGGGAAGUUUGCAUUAAAGUGUGAACUUGCAGGCAGUUAAAAACAAACCUGUAUAAACAAAAAUUCAAAAAUGAACUGGAGUGGAACACUCUCUUAUCCGGUAGAAAUUGUUCUGUGUGAUUGCAAAUUGCUUUUUUUAAAAAAUUAUUCAAUAUUCAGAUUUUGAAAUUUACAAGCAAUUGUCGAACAACCAAAACAAAAAGAGAAUUCCAUAAAUUCCCAUGGACUUCCCUCCUUCCCUUUGUGGGUCCUUACAUUAAUUUUUUCCCCUUCCUGCAUCCUCUCUAUUAAUCCAAUUCCAUUACAACCAUAGUCCAAUGUUAAACUACAAGUGUCUUUCCAGUCCUACUAAUAAUUUUAAUUGUUUACAAUGAUUUUUAAGGUAAAUUAUAUAUUUUCUUCAUUCCUUAUUGAAACUCUCAUCAGUUAUCAAUUAGUGAGAUGGCAAAUUGUGAUACGAUGAGUAGAAUAUUGUCUGGAAAUUGUUUUAAACAGGCAAUUAUAGUUUAUUCAUUACAAAUUAGCAGGGAGUAAGAAUAGUUCUGUCAGUGAACAGCCCUGCAAAGUUUGCAUACUGUUAGUUUCUUUUUACUUAUGGGAUGCCCAACUGAGUAGGCAACAAGUGAACUAUUUAUGAUGCAGUGCACUGUUUUUUAUCUAUGGCGCUGUUUUGACAGAGAUCAGGAAAAUAUACCAUGGGAAGAAUAAAUUGAAUUCUUUUCUUUGCAGUUCUCAUCUGUCUUGUUUGCCGUGAGCGGAAAAGAGAAUAGGAUUCCGUUUUUGAGCAAAGAGGUGAUGAUCAAACGCUUUUCACUUGUCAGUAUUGCACUCUAGACUGUCACUACAGGGGGAGAAAAAAUUAGAUGGUUCCAAUAAAAGGUUGGCUUUUGUUCUCUAAACAAAGCUCUGUUAUUUUGGGAUUGGCAAAGUGUCCCCCUCUAAACAGACUUGUUCAUAACUGUAACUUGCCUGAACCAGAUCUUCCCAUAUCUUAAAGGUUAGGGGGGAAAUGACCCGUAGGAUGCCGAAAUGUGUGUGUGUGUGCAUGUGUGCGAGAGAGUGAAUUAAGACAUCUCAUGGCUGGGGUCAAUUGCAGAGGUCUUUCCCAUUUCAACUUUAAAAGCAUGGUUGAGUGGCUUUUUAGACCUUGACCCUUACUGUUUUCUCUGUUGUUGGUUUUAGUCUCAUGGUGUUGUUUUAGCUUGCUUUGUUUUUUUAAAAUAUACACCACCCAGAAAACCUAUUGUUAAUGGACAAUACAAUAAAAGAAGAGAAAGUGUGAGUAGAUGCAUAAAUCCAGUGCUCAGGAGACAGGGUCUCUGCAAGAUGGGAAAGAGCUUUAAAAUGGGCCUUCUACAUGUGACUGCUUAAUGCAAACAUGUUCCUCAGCAGAAUGAGAUUGCAGUAUGUAGGGAUUGUAGUAUGUAGGGUAGCCAGACCUCCAGGGCCCCUCCAUGUGGCAAGUGGAGGAGGACUUGAACCUCCUGGUUUGUGAGAGUGUCUUUCAUAACAAAAAUUUACUAAGAAGAUUGUAUUCUUAUUUAUAAAAUCUGUAUACUGCCCAAAGAGCACAGGUUGGUUCACAACAUAAAAAUACAAAACGAGAACACAAAAUACAUAAUAAAACAAAAGUGCAGCUUAGAAGGAGCUUCAGCUCAGCAGGAGCCGGCCACAAAUUAUAGCAUAGACACUCGGGGGUAAGUCUGCUCUCCUCCUCUCCCAAUUAACCUUCAUUACCAGGACCCGUCCAAUGACAUCGCUGGAGGCCACCCCUAGGUGUCAGGUUUUGGCCCUGAAAGUUCAGGGUCUGGGAUGCUCCUGAUCUGGCAACCGUGUGUGUGUGUGUGUGUGUAGUCUGUUGUGCAUGGGGGAUGUGAGUCACAGAAGGUUCAUAGCAAAGGUCUCUCACAGAUCCUGCUCUGUUCCCCUCCGCAAGUUUUCCUCCCCUUACCAAUAGUUCAACUGUUAUUUGUUUUCAUUUCUUUCUUUAAAAAAAAAUCCAGAAGGAUGAAUUUGUUUCUCUUGUGUAUUUCUUCAAAAAGAUAGUUACAGGUAGGUAGCCGUGUUGGUCUGAGUCGAAGCAAAAUAAAAAAAUUCCUUCAGUAGCAC